CGCCCCCGCCGAGCGCUCGGCCCUUCCUGCUCGCCGUAGGCGGCCGCGGGGGCUGUCGCUAACAUGGCGGCCAAGGUGGCAAAGCUGGCGGCUGUUUCUUCUGGUCUGCCAUUUGCAUGUAUUACUGUACAUGCAGCAACAGAAAAGGAAUCCAAGGGUCAGAUGAUGAAGCCCGAUCAGCUUCCAAUUUACUGUCCACCACCUCUGAAAUCAAAAUACAUUGAAGAGCAGCCUGGUCACUUGCAGAAGCAAUUUUCUUCAGUGAGGCAGACAACCGGCCGCUAUAUCGGAUGGUGCAAGGAUGCUUUUGUCUUUGUUAAAAAUGGAAUAAUGGAUUCAAUUCAAUUUGGAAAAGAUGCUUACGUUUACCUGAAGAAUCCACCACCAGAAUUUCUUCCCAAAGUUGGUGUAAUUACAGUAUCAGGCUUAGCUGGCAUAGUGCUGGCAAGAAAAGAUUCUAGAUUUAAGAAAAUUGCUUAUCCAUUGGGACUUACUACUUUAGGAAUUUCUGUUUGUUACCCAGCUCAGUCAGUGGUAUUUGCUAAGGUAACAGGGAAAAAGUUAUUUUCUGCAAGCCAUCAAACCUAUGAAGCCGUGCGAUCACUAUGGGCAAAAAAAGAAGAUGUCACCAAGCUGCAGCAAGAGUCAAAAUCAGUUGUACAAGAAGAUAAGAAAGAGAUUUCUAGUACAAAACCCGAGUCUGCUAUUGAGCCGAGAUCAUUUAACAGAACAGAACCUUCUCCAGUAGAGUCUUGGAGUAAUAAAGAUCCAGUGCCUUCAUCAGGAACAGUGAAGACACCAAAAUUUAAGCCUGAUCCAAAACUUAUGGACCAUGGUCAGUCCAGCCCAGAAGAUGUGGAUAUGUACAGUACUAGAAGCUAAGACGAAUCUGCUUACGAAUCUUUGCAAAGUAUUACAGAUAAGGGGGAGGGAAGGAAUAAUCCUUACAAUACAUACUCUGUGAAGUAUAAUUUAAUCAGGUAUUUUCUUAAUUCCCAAUUUGUAUUAUUGACUUAUAUGAUUCUGUUUAGUGAAUAUUUUGUUUCUCACUACUUACAAGCAGUGAGAAUUCCCUCAUUGUCAGUGUCAUUAGCAAGACACUGAGAAAAUGAGAUUUGUCAAUGUCUUCUCACAAUAAGCUUGUUAAUAAAUGUCACUUCACAAAGGAUAUGUGAAAAUGUAAACAUGUCUCUAUACUUUGGCUCAGAUGUUCUUUAAUCUAAAAGAUGAAUGUGAUGGAUGGGGUUUGCAGAGGCUUUUUUGUCUUUUUUCUUUCAGCUCUGUAAUGAAGUGCAACUUCUUAUUGGUCUGAGUACCCUUAAAAAGUCAGUUGUUAAAUCAUACAAAUAGCAUUACCUUUAAUGCUUGUAUAAAUAAGUCACUUUUUUUUUAUUGCAAAGUCAUUUAUUGUUGUUUGCCCCUUUCACAAAGGUGAAUGGAAACAACUACUUGUCCUGCAUGCUUCUUGUGUAUUUAAAUGUCACUUAAGUUGGGAAAAAACAGACAACCAAUCUCUAAAACAUCCUUUAUAGACCACGUAUUAGUUUUCACCUACUUCUAGUACUUUGAAGAACUGUAAGCAAAUUGCCUAAUCUGAUACUGUUUGAAUUUAUGGAAUGUGUUAGCAAUAUUUAGGAAGUUGGAAACCUUCUGUAGUUUUGAGAUUUAGAGUGCUGACAACUAUUAAAAAUGCAAAAGUAAUAGGCAGCCAACUUUUUCUUCCCAGAAGUUGGUAUGCAAUACGCCUAGGUCUCGGUAGGAUUUCUAUGAACAUAAGAACGAAAUUAGAAAUUGAUUAAGUUUCCUAGGAUGAAACUUUCAAACACUGCUUUUAUCAUUGUGUAUGUAACUCUACUUCUGUUCAUCCUCCAUUGGUUUGGAAUAGAUCUAGUGGUCUUCCCUGAACAAAGUGCAACUCGUUAUCAGUACACAAUGAUAAUUAGUCUGCUGCCUAGAGGUAAUCUCAUCUGUAUCUAAUGUGGCACUUCCUUAAUAUAUAAACUGCAAAAGGACACUGUGCUGGUAGUUUGUCCUUCAUCUGUUGAAUUCUGUUAUCUUUCAAUUAAUGAAAAUAUGUACUUUGUUGUAAAGUUGAGGGGGGGGGAGGGAAGAACAAACUAUACAAACAUGGUUUGGUUAGAAAACUUAAACCUGAAAAGAAAUGCUGCUUCAUACGAAUGUGUUCUCAGCACUGGCAUAUGAAGGGAUGUUUGCUCCUGUUCUCCAUAAGAAGAGAUUUCACAAUCUGAUUCCUUCUUCUAAGGCCUCUAACACAAAGGCAAAUGUCUAGUGAAAUACAGACAGGCAGUAUUCCCAGUGUCCCUGUGGGACUAGCAGAAGUUGUGUGGAGAUACUGCACAAUGGGAUGUGCGGAAGGCACAAGUGAUGAAUAAGCAAAAGAAUAAGUAAGGCUUUUAUGAUGGCUCAGAAACAGAGAUGUAUUGAUAUUUUGGAAUCCAAAUUUCAGGCAAAGUGUUGGACUUUGUUAUACAGAGUCCGACAGAAGGCAAAGUCAGUGAAUGUGAAAUUUAAAGAAGAAGAAUUCUGUUAGUUACACUUGCUUAGGAUAGUUGACUUAGAAUUUAAUGUAUUUUGUUUCUUUAAUCAUCUCUUAAGGCUCAGGAAACUGUCAGAACUCAGGCAGCAAUCAGAGGAUAUUAAAUCAAUCUUCACAGACCUCCUGGACAAGACACAUUUAGUGUUCCAUCAGAGAGAGAGGAGUAGAAAAAUUAGAUGGCUGGGCUUCAUGUACCAUUUCCAGGGAAACAGAUGAAGACCUAAGGCAGAAAGUGAAAGUGGUGAAGAAGUGAUCAUUUUCAAGUGCAAGACUGAAUGGCAGAAAUUGAAUUAUCUGUCUCCCUUUGAUCAGAUUCUGGAUCAAAAAAGUAAAGAAAAACCCACCUGGUCUACUCCUAGAUUCUAUUUAAAUUCUAACUUAGGUUCUUUGAGUGAUACGCUACCACAGCAAGUCAACAAGAAAGGUAAGAUGAUGCAGGUUUGCAUGGAUUUUGUAGGGGUUUACUGUGGUGACAUUUUUCAGUACAUAGUGGAAAACUAUGCACAAGAAUUAGUCUUCUGGGAGCGGGGAGAGGAGCUACCUUGGAUAGCUGUUCAGGAACAAGUGUGUCUGCCCUUUCCAGGCAAGAGUAGGUCUUGAAAGACUGUCCUUACCUGCAGUGCCAAAAGCUAGGCUGGUCCUUUCCAUACUUUAAGGGGAUUUCCACUCAAAUCUCAUGAUACAAAUGAAAGUGUCCGGUCUGCAAAAGGUACACUGGGCUCCUUGGUGGUCAGGCAGUCAAGAAUUAAAUGUUUCAUGCCAGCUGUUUGUAUUACAACCCCGGAUGUAACAAGAAGUUCAUGCUGUAAAUGAACGUGAUACACAAAGCUUUCCCCAGGCUGUAUUUCAGUCUCAAAUUACUCCUUUGGGCAAAAUUGUAAUAGAACUAUGCCUCAGAGUUAAAUUGUCAUUCAGAAGUCUUAGAUACAUUUCCUGGGACGUAACUUAAUUAUCACUCCUACCCACUUUGAUGAAUGAACCGUAUGAGGAAUACAGUUCUAGAGCUCAUAAAAUGGUAUUUCUGUGCUCUGUCAUUUCUCGGUGGAUGAGAGGAGUGAGCCAGCGCAGGUUUAUUCCAGUACAGGAUUUGUCUACUACUGUCACUUUUUAGUUCAUUUUUCUGGUCAGUUGAGAUUUCUCUGUCUCAUUCUUCUCUACAAAAGAGGGCAAUUUUUUAUUGUUUGUUUUCUAUCAACAGUUUUUGUUUAAUAUCCCAACACAGUUGAAAAGCUGGGACUAAAAUUAGAGGCUUGGGUUUCAGCACUGAAACAAAUACAGCUAUUAGAUGACUGUCUCCCUAUCCGCAGCCAAAGAAAACAGGACAGAAAAAGUAUGAAAAGUUUUGUAUGUGUUCUCUGCUUUCAGAAAGACCAUAAUUGAUCUUUCAGUUGGUAUUUCUCUGUCCUGGGGAAUAUAUUUACUAGUAGUGAAAAGGAAUUUUCUUAGUAAAACCUGGAAUAUGAUAUAGUAUAACAGUUCUUUGAAAAUAUACACUUCUAUUAGCGUCAGUCAUUGUCUUGUCCACCCAUGUGAGAGAAAUUUCUAGAGGUACCAAAAAAAAUGCAGGUUAUUAUAGAGAAGUUUGGAAGGUAUUUGCUGAAAUGAGGGCAGCCCAAAUCACAUUACUAAUCUUCUGUUGUACAACUGUUGGAAUGGUGACUCUGAAUUGUUAUUACUCAGCUGCCAUUUUGCGAAGUGUUUCUUUAUUAAAUCUAAAAAGCUGUCUGCCGUCUUCAGACAGCUGAAGCUCUGCAUUUUGUAUAAUGCUCUGCAGAUGGCUGGUUCCAGAUAACUACAAGGAAUGUAGCCGCAUCUCUGUAUUAAUAAUCUAUGGUAAAGGUGCUAUGCAGUGGCUUUAAAAAAGCAAAGCAAAUCUACACUACGCCAUGCUUGUGAGUCCUCAUUUUAAAUAUAUGUGCCUGACUUGAUCUCUCUAAGAUUUCAGACCCACUAUGCAAACCUGUUAAACAAGGAUAAAUUAACAUAAGUACAGAGGAAAAGUUGCAUUGCAAGACAUGGUUCUAUUAAUUUAUAGUGAAACACUUGGAAAUGCCUCUCAAAUGUAUCAUUAAUAGUCAGUUAAACUUAAAGCUUGACCUGAAAGUUCAAAAUAGUUUCUUUCAUAAUGCAAUAACAUAAUAAAAGUAAGAAUGUAUGCUGUAAUUUUUAAAUGAUAUAAGUUAUAUAUUUUUGAAAAAUCCAGUGUCUUAAAGAACUGGGUCACAUGAUGACUUUUAUAAUAUAGAACUGUUUUUAAUCUAAUGCAUGGGUUUUUUCAUUUAUGAUUGAUCGUAUUUGUUAUAUAGAGAUUUGGAACUUGUUGAUAAUUUUUUUAUUUACAUAAAACUGAUUGUAAUACUUUAUUUUGUCAUAUCAUUGUGAAGCACCUGAAAAUAAAGGGUGAUAAGAUA